GUUAUACCUCUCUCUCUCUAUGAAAAUUAAGGAAUAGUUAUGGAUUUUGGUUUGAUGCAUAUGGCGUCAUAAUUUUAAUUUUGCUUAUAAUUAAUCCUUUUUCGAAAAUUAAAUUCAAUUCUUUCUCUGCAUGCAUGGCAUAUAUAUGUAUAUAUAUACAUAUAAGGUGAAUGACGUUCAAUAAUAGAUAUGUAUAUCUAAACAUAUAUUAUUUUACAGGGGAUAAUAAUGGAGAUCGAUGUGGACCUACAGUGCUCAAAAUGCUACAAAAAGGUCAAAAAACUUCUCUGCAAAUUUCCUGAAAUACGAGAUCAGGAGUAUGAUGAGAAGGCAAACAAGGUGAAAAUCAAGGUGGUGUGCUGCUCGCCGGAGAAGAUCAGGGAUAAAUUACGCUGCAAGGGCGGUCGAUCCAUCAAGAGCAUUGAGAUCAAAAAGCCUCCAGAGAAGAAAGAGGAGGAACAGAAAACUCCUCCAGAGAAGAAAGAGAAGAAACAGGAAAAGCCUCCAGAGGGGAGCCAAAAAAAUCCCAAAGAAAAGGAAAAGCCUCCUGCCGAGGGGAAGCCAUCACUGCCAACGCUUCAGGUUACUCUUCCUCCGGGAUUUUGUUGGGGUCCAUAUGGAUAUUGUGGAAGACCGGUUUGCGACUGUUUGGGUUGGGGUUGCUACAGAUGCGGUUGCGUCAAUUACUGUACUGAAGAAAAUCAAAUUUUGUGCACAAUCAUGUAAACAUGUCAUUGCCUGCUUCAUCAUCUUCAACCUGCUGGACUGGACUCCGUAAUUAUAUGCAUGUGUGUUAAUUUUGCUUUCCUCUAUCAAGUACUACUCCUUUUUUUUCUUUUAUCUCUUGUUCCUACUUAGUUCUUAAUUAAGAAAAAGAACAAACAAUAAGAUCACUGUGUUCUGUGAAUUAUAUAUAUAUAUAUAUGCAUGAUGCACGGGAUAAUUUUGUUUAUAACAAGAAAUGUAUGUUACUUUU